AUGGAUAACAAUUUUUGGAUUGUGUUUGUGAUAACACCAUUUUUUAUCUUCUUCUUGUACAAGAGGAGGAGUAAUAAUAAGGAGGUGAAAUCAAAAGAGAGAGAUGAUGAUGAGGUUCCAUUAUUAGGGAGUCUUGGAUGGCCACUUAUUGGAGAAACCAUUCAAUUUGUUUCUUCUGCUUAUUCUCAUCACCCUGAGACCUUCGUGGAUAAGCGCUGCCACUUAUAUGGGAAGGUGUUUAAGUCACACAUAUUUGGAAGUCCAACUAUAAUUUCAACAGAUGCAGAUGUGAAUAAAUUCAUACUAGAAAGUGAUGCAAAACUUUUUGUUCCUUCUUAUCCAAAGUCUGUGUCGGAGUUAAUGGGAAAGUCUUCUAUUUUGCUUGUCAAUGGAAGCCUUCAAAGGAAAAUACAUGGACUCGUUGGAUCUUUCUUCAAGUCUCAGAUUCUCAAGGCUCAGAUUACUACAGAUAUGCAUAACUAUGUUCAAGAAUCCAUGGCAAAUUGGAGUGAGGAAUCCCCCAUUUACAUACAAGAUGAAACAAAAAAGAUUGCCUUUCAAUUAUUAGUGAAGGCAUUGAUUAAUUUGGAUCCAAGUAAAGAGAUGGAGCUUAUAAGGAAAUAUUUUCAAGAAUUCAUCUCUGGCAUUAUGUCUUUACCCAUAAACCUACCAGGAACUCAACUUCAUCAAUCUUUACAAGCAAAAAAGAAAAUGGUGAAAUUAGUGCUAAGAAUAAUCCAAGAAAGAAGAAAGAGUGGCAUCACCAAAGUUCCAAAGGAUGUAUUAGAUGUGCUUCUUAAUGAUUCAAGUGAGGAAUUAACAGAUGAUUUGAUAGCACAUAACAUUAUUGAUAUGAUGAUUCCUGGAGAGGACUCAGUGCCACUUCUUAUCACAUUAGCUAUCAAGUAUUUAUCUGAAUAUCCUGCUGCUUUGCAACAAUUAACGGAGGAAAAUAUGAAGCUUAAGAAACAGAAAUAUCAUCUUGGGGAGACCUUGUGUUGGAGCGAUUACUUAUCAUUGCCAUUUACUCAAUUGGUUAUCACAGAAACUUUGAGAAUGGGAAAUAUUAUAAUUGGUGCUAUGAGAAAGGCAACAAAAGAUGUUAAAAUAAAAGGGUACUUAAUACCAAAAGGGUGGUGUGUUCUUGCAAAUUUUAGAUCAGUUCAUCUAGAUGAAAAAAACUUUAACAUCCCAUAUCAAUUCAAUCCAUGAAGGUGGCAAGACAAAGAGUUAAACAAUUGUAAUUUCACACCUUUUGGAGGUGGACAAAGACUCUGUCCUGGACUUGAAUUAGCUAGGCUUGAAGCUUCUAUAUUUCUACACCACUUUGUUACUCAGUUCAGAUGGUAUGCUGAAGAUACAAUAGUGAACUUCCCCACAGUAAGAAUGAAAAGGAAGAUGCCUAUCUUUGUGAAGAGAGUAGAAUCUUGAGCAGUGUUGAGCUGCCCCAAAAACUCAAAAUGUACCAACCAUGGAAAGAACUACGCAUAUCAGCAAACUUCAACCACAACCAAUACAUAAAAAAUUUAUAAAAUAUAAAGUAGGGAAAUUUUUUUUUUUCUUACAUAUAGAAGCGAUUGUAACACUUGUCACAUUUACAAAGAUGCUAGUUGCAAUUCAUGAAUCUUCCAUCAAGCAAUGUAAA